AUAGUGGUUAUUUAGUUUGAGAAAGUUAGUUUGGUGUUUGGAGAGUUUAGGAAAGAGAUACAUAGGAGAUUUAGGAGUGCGAGGACAGGAUAGGAGUAGGAUGGAGCAGGCGAGAAAGAGGAGGAUGUCCCCUAUGUGGGAACAUUUUGAUUUGAUAAGCCCUAACAAGGUAAGGUGAACUGAACAUUUGCAGAUGCAUUAGGUUUGCUUAUGAGGAACUGUAUUUUUCACUGUUUCUUAUUUUGUGUAAAGGUGAGGUGUUUAUUGUGCUCCAAGGAGUUGGGGUACAAUAAUAACACCUCAUCCAUGCUAAGGCACUACCGUGCCUUGCAUGAGAAUAGGGAUGAAACUGGAGCUUCACCCAGCCAAGGUAUUUCAUUACUAUAUUAAAAACACACUUUCACAAUUUUUGCAUGCUGAUGUUUGCUUGUUGUGCAAAUAAAGAUAGGUAACAGACACUGUAUUUAUUCCCUUUUAACCAGCCACCAGAAAAGCAGAGCUGGAUGAAGCUCUAGUCUCCAUGAUAGUGAAGGAUACCCAGCCUUUCACUAUUGUGGAUGACGUAGGAUUCAGGACAUUUGUGUCUAAGCUGGAUCCCAAUUAUGUUCUCCCUACAAGGCAGGCUCUGAAGGCCAUGGUGGAGGCCAAAUAUGAGUCUGCUAAGGAGCACGCUAAGGCUAAAGUAGAGAAGGUGGCUGCUGUUAGCCUUACAUCAGAUAUGUGGACAUCCAUCAACAUGGAUGCCUACCUGGCAGUGACAUGCCACUUUGUGGAGGAGAAUGAAAAGCUGAGCUCGGUGUUGUUGGGAGUGCAGGCAUUCCCCCAGUCUCACACUGCUGAAAAUAUUGCUUGUGUGAAAGCCUCCCUGAUGGAGGAAUGGGGAAUCUCAGGCAAGGUGACAUGCAUUGUCACCGAUGGUGCUCCUAAUAUGGUGGCAUGCGUGAGAGACCUGAAGCUUCGCCACCACAUUUGUGUUGCUCACACCCUCAAUCUUAUUGUGAAGAGGGCGCUUGAUCACCAACCUGCGCUCUCUGGCCUCCGGGCCAAAGCAAGGAAGCUGGUUGGCUACUUUAGAAGCAGCACCACUGCUAAGGAGAAGCUUACACAAGUGCAGCAUCAGCUGGGCAUGCAAGCAACCAAGCUGAUGCAGGAGGUGGAAACCAGAUGGAACAGCACCUACUUGAUGCUGCACCGUCUGGUGGAGUUGAGGGAGCCACGUGCCUUUCGUUACUCUCUCCUUUCUAUGACGCCACCACGGAGCUCUCGGCAGAACAACACGUGUCAGCAUCAAAAGUUAUCCCCCUCCUGA